GGAACAACCACCUUCGAGCUCCGCAGACCAUCUUCAUGCCUGAACCAUCAAGACAUGAAAUCCUUCCAGGAUAGAAUAUCCACGGCACACAAUGGCUGCUCAAUCCACCUUACGAAGAUCUCAUGAUCCCCUCUUGGCUCUCUACGACCGUUAUGCCACAUUCCUCAAGUCCCGCGUCCACGACGCCUCGAAGCUCACAAAGCUCCUCUCUACAAUCACAUUACUCUUCACAAUCAUAGGCGCAGGGUAUGGAGGACGGACAUGGUACAACAGGCGUCGCGCGGAGAAAGAGACGGGGCGACGAUUACUUCGGCGCAACUCAGGACUCAAGAACAAAGAUGGGUCCCGGACAAUAUACGUUCCAUACCGCGAUUCGACCUCCAAAGUUGUCAUCAAUCCUACGAAGCCAACGACUUUCGAUGCGCAUCGUAGACUGUUUCUCCAGCCCCCGCGCGCAGCACGCAUGGCUGACGCGAAUAACCCACAAGCGCCGCCACCGCAGACGAAGCCUGGACUGAACCUCGCGUUCCUGCAUCAGUUCCUGAGCUUGUUAAAUAUUAUGAUACCCAGGUGGAAUAGCAAGGAGACGGGUCUGCUGGUCAGUCACAGCGUCUUCUUGAUGCUACGGACCUACCUCUCCCUCGUUGUUGCGCGCCUCGAUGGAGAGAUCGUAAGAGACCUCGUCGCAGGGAACGGGAAGGCCUUCCUCUGGGGUAUGUGCAAGUGGCUUGGUGUUGGCACCUUCUCGUCAUACACGAACGCGAUGAUCAAGUUCUUGCAGAGCAAGGUGUCGAUCGCAUUCCGCACUCGGCUGACGAGAUAUAUUCAUGAUCUAUAUCUGAACGAUAACUUGAAUUACUACAAGUUAUCGAAUUUAGAUGGUGGUGUUGGUGUCGGCGCGGAUCAGUAUAUCACGCAGGAUUUGACACUGUUUUGCGCGAGUGCGGCGAGUUUGUAUUCCAGUCUUGGGAAGCCGUUUGUAGAUCUUUGUGUGUUCAACUAUCAGCUUUAUCGGUCCUUGGGACCGUUAGCUUUGACGGGGUUGCUGAGUAACUACUUCGUAACUGCGACGAUAUUGCGACGAUUAUCACCACCCUUUGGCAAAUUAAAAGCCGUUGAAGGACGAAGAGAAGGCGAAUUCCGCGCCCUUCAUUCGCGACUCAUCGCCAAUGCCGAAGAAGUCGCUUUCUAUGGCGGUGACCAGAUGGAAAAGCACUUCCUCGAGCGCGGUUUCAAGGACCUCAAACACUGGAUGGAAGGCAUAUACAGCCUAAAGAUUCGCUACAACAUGCUCGAGGACUUCGUACUAAAAUACUCCUGGUCCGCAUUCGGCUACCUCAUCACCUCGCUCCCCGUAUUCCUCCCCGCAUGGGGUGGCUUAGGCGGUGUCCCAGAACUCUCAGGGGGCGAAAAGACACACCGAGAACGGAAUCGCAUGAAAGAUUUCAUCACGAACAAGCGACUCAUGUUAUCACUGGCUGAUGCUGGCGGCCGCAUGAUGUACAGCAUCAAAGACCUGUCUGAACUCGCCGGCUACACUUCACGAGUCUACACCCUGAUUAGCACACUCCACCGCGUCCACGCAGACGCCUAUUACCCACCCCCUGGCACGCGUCCAGAACUUUACUCAGUCUCAGAUGUCCAAGGCACGGUCCACAAAGGUUUCGACGGCAUUCGUCUCGAGCAUGUGCCCAUUGUUGCGCCAGCUCUGCACCCCAUGGGCGGCGACGAGCUCCUCGAGAGCCUCUCUUUCAUCGUACACUCGGGCGAACACCUCCUCAUCACCGGCCCUAAUGGCUGCGGUAAAUCCGCUGUCAGCCGAAUUGUCGCGGGCCUAUGGCCCGCAUAUCGCGGUCUCGUCAGCCGUCCGCGCUCCGUUGGCACAGACGGCAUCAUGUUCCUUCCCCAACGGCCCUACCUCAGUACUGGCACCCUACGCGACCAGAUCAUCUACCCGCAUACUGACGCCGACAUGAAAGCUUCCGGACGCCGGGACUUUGAACUCUCCCAGAUCUUGGAAGAGGCUAAGUUAGGUUAUAUACCGGAUCGGGAGGGCGGCUGGGAUACGAAGAAGGUCUGGAAAGAUGUCUUCAGUGGAGGCGAAAAACAGAGAGUAGGGAUUGCGAGACUGCUUUAUCAUGAGCCGCGGUAUGCGUUUGUGGAUGAGGGGACUAGUGCGGUUAGUAGUGAUGUGGAGGGGUUAUUGUAUGAACGAGCAAAGGCCAAGGGGAUCACACUCAUAACCAUAUCCACGCGCGCCUCACUAAAGCGAUAUCAUACGUACACACUCACACUCGGCUUCGGCGACCACGGCGAUGAAUGGGAGUUUCAGCGCAUCGGCACUGAAUCUGAGAAGUCAAGUGUAGAAAAGGAGCUAGCUGAGCUCAGGGAACGACUUGCUAAGGUCGAGGAGUGGAAGAGGAGGAGGCAGGAGAUUGAGAAUGAACUGAAUAAAGUCUGGGUAAACAGUGGUGACGAAUUGGCGCCGCCACCUUAUAUCGAAGAGGAGGGUGUAAGCGAUGAAGAUGGAGCGGAACCGGAGAGCGCGCCGGACGAACAAGAUGAGAGCAUUGCAGCAUCUAGCUAGUAUCAUGGAUCUAGGCAGCAGCAGACGACAUAGCAGAGAAACUAAAUCCGACACCUCGUAAGUAAUAAUAAAUAAAAAACUAGACCGAACUAAACAAUAGAGGGGCCCAUGCAUUGUAAUUUAAUUUGUUCGGGGUGGGGAGACAUGCAUCUGCACAGGAUGUGCGAAAAUAGCAACACGACCCUGCAGCGUAUCGUGUGCGCCAGGUUUUUCCAUAUUGCUAAUAAAUUGCGUGAGAACUUUCGUCGUACGUCGCAUCCCGAUCCAGCGCGAUGAAUGGAGGAGUGUGAAAUUCACAAGUGCUCUAUGAGAGGUACUAUUAUCACAGAGAAGAAGAACAUGGGGACAAUGACGAUCAAAUUACCAGUUGCGAAGUACAAAGAAGGGUAUGGACAUCUCACAAACAC